AUGUCCGCCGCGACGUCGAGCGCGUCGACGGUGACGAAAGAUUUCUUCCUCGAUGAUUUCGCGUCGAGGCAAUGGGACGACGACGGGUACAGUGGGACGCGCAUCGCGUGCGAUAAAGGGGCGUUCGUGCGCGCGGUGCAGGAGAUUGUCGACGCGCGAGGGUCGGGGGCGCUCGUGGAGGGGUACGCGCCGUUUUGUAAACACGUCUUCGUGCCGAAUUUCGUCGACGCGAAGGUUGGCAACGUGGAGAUCACGCGGGAGAAUGAAAAGUUGCUUCGAUCGGGGUACGGCGCGCGAUCGAGCGCGGAGUUGGCGGUGUUGACGAGGUGGUUCUCGGCGUCGGACGUGGAGGCGCCGAGGGCGACGCACUUGGAUGUUAUAUUGUACUCGAGGGAACAGUUGGAGCUCGAGCGGGCGGCGGUUCCGAGCAAAGGCGAACGCGCGCCUCUGCCGAACGCGCCGUGGGGAAUCAUCAGCAUCAAGGCGCAGAACGAGGAUUACGAGACGCCGAUGCAACCGAUCACGAUGAUGCGGAACGCGCUCGGGCGCGAACACGGCGGCUCGGGGGUUCCGUUGGAGAAGGACAAGUACGACGCGAGCGUGGCGUAUUGGUCUCGACACGCCCCGAUCGUCGCGAGCGAGGACGGCGCCAACGGCGACUGA